AAGCUGUGCAUGCCGAUUAGCCUGUUAAUGAUCAAAACCACGAACAUUCUGACAGAGUAUCACAAUCCAGCUCUUAAAUGAGCAACAUGAGAAUAAAGGAGAUGAUGGGGCAGAGUAGCGGUAUCAGAUUAUUAGGAGACUUUCUCUAGGAUGGCACAUGUCCAUAUCAAGCAAAGAGGAGCAAUGAGACCCCUGGGUGCUUCUUCGGCUAAGAAGGUGCAGCUCGUGCUCUUCCUCGCGGUGAUGACCCAGCUCACCUGUGACACAGAGGCGAUGACGAGCUGCUGCACGAGGAAGCCACACCCGUGCCCGCUCCAUGAGUUACUGUGUCGCACGGGACACCGGAACCUCACCGACCUGGAUGGGAAACUCGGGCGCCUGAGCAGCGACGCCGCUGCCGGGAUCCUCACACUCGGCAAACGGAACGCGCCCGAAACCCGGUACCAGGACCGACUGCAGCAUCUUCUGCACAGCUCACGCAAUCAAGCUGCGGGGAUCCUUACUAUGGGCAAGAGAGGCGUAUGGAGCGGAUUCGGUACCGACCACACACCCUUUAAACUGGACCUCGAAAGACCACUAAAAUACCUGAUCCGGCCUGUAGACAGAGACUCAUACGAACAGUGAUUAGUGCCCUGAUCCUUCUCUAAAACAGCACAUUAUUAACCUAACCCAUUAAGCUAGUGAUAUCUGUUGUGGUGAAUAUUUCCGUACAUGCAUUGUAUUAUUGCACCUUAAUUGUGAUUAAUAGUCAGGAUUAGUCUGAAUCAUCUACUAUGUAUAUUAUUAUUUAAAAUUGAUUCGUAGUUAUUUGUGUGUAAUGUUGCAAGUGGCCACAAGGUGGCAGAGUUGUAUCAUAUUGUAUAGACAAGUUACAAAUAAAGUAAUGAAAUGAA